GGGUGUCCUAAACUAUUGUUCACAGCCUCAGGAGAGAGGUUGUUGACGGAAAAGGCACAUGGUCCUCACUUACACUAGACAGGGUGCUCUAUGCCAGGAAGCAGAAGUCCCUGGCUUCCUUUCUUGAAGCAGUGAAAAUAUCAUCUUCUCAGAUGCCUCUCUGUCCUCUCAGUGUCCUCAUCAAUUUUUUUUUCCUUCUUCCUCCCAAAUGCUUUUUCCUGCCCACUUAUGGUUUGGGCUGCUUCCUUAAUAAAAGUGUCCUCUUAUUUUCUGAUGCAAUUACCUCUGCAGCUGAUUUAUUUAUUUAUCCUUGUCUUUAGCCCAGCUCUAAACGGACUUUGGAAAGUAGAGAAGAAAAUCCAGUCUGCUUUUUGGAGGACAUUGGACAGCCGAAUAAAUGCAGUAUCUAAAUAUAAAAGAGGACUGCAGUGCCAUGGCUUUCUGUGCUAAAAUGAGGAGCUCCAAGAAGACCGAGGUGAAUCUGGAGGCCCCCGAGCCAGGGGUGGAAGUGCUCUUCUAUCUUGCUGAUAGGGAGCCCCUCCGGCUGGGCAGCGGAGAGUAUACGGCGGAGGAGCUGUGCAUCAGGGCCGCACAGGAAUGCUGUAUCUCUCCUCUGUGUCACAACCUCUUUGCCCUGUAUGAUGAGAACACCAAGCUCUGGUAUGCCCCGAAUCGCACCAUCACUGUUGAUGACAAGACAUCACUCCGGCUCCACUACCGGAUGAGAUUCUAUUUCACCAACUGGCAUGGGACCAAUGAUAAUGAGCAGUCUGUAUGGCGACAUUCUCCAAAGAAGCAGAAAAAUGGCUAUGAGAAAAAAAAAGUCCCAGAUGCAACCCCUCUCCUUGACGCCAGCUCUCUGGAAUAUCUGUUUGCUCAGGGACAAUAUGAUUUGGUCAAAUGCCUGGCUCCCAUUCGAGACCCCAAGACCGAGCAGGAUGGGCAUGAUAUCGAAAACGAAUGUCUGGGAAUGGCUGUCCUGGCCAUCUCCCACUACGCCAUGAUGAAGAAGAUGCAGUUGCCAGAACUGCCCAAGGACAUCAGCUACAAGCGAUAUAUUCCAGAAACAUUGAAUAAGUCCAUCAGACAGAGGAACCUUCUCACCAGGAUGCGGAUAAAUAAUGUUUUCAAGGAUUUCCUGAAGGAAUUUAACAAUAAGACUAUUUGUGACAGCAGUGUAUCUACUCAUGACCUAAAGGUGAAAUACCUGGCCACCUUGGAAACUUUGACAAAACAUUAUGGCGCUGAAAUAUUUGAGACUUCCAUGUUACUGAUUUCAUCAGAAAAUGAGAUGAAUUGGUUUCAUCCGAAUGAUAGUGGAAACAUUCUCUACUAUGAAGUGAUGGUAACUGGAAAUCUUGGAAUCCAGUGGAGACAGAAACCAAAUGUUGUUCCUGUUGAAAAGGAAAAAAACAAACUGAAACGGAAAAAACUGGAAAAUAAACACAAGAAGGAUGAGGAGAAAAACAAAAUCCGGGAAGAGUGGAACAAUUUUUCUUACUUCCCUGAAAUCACCCACAUUGUAAUAAAGGAGUCUGUGGUCAGCAUCAAUAAGCAGGAUAACAGAAAAAUGGAAUUGAAGCUCUCGUCCCACGAAGAGGCCUUAUCCUUUGUGUCGCUGGUCGACGGCUACUUCCGGCUCACGGCAGAUGCCCAUCAUUACCUCUGCACCGAUGUGGCUCCCCCACUGAUCGUCCACAACAUACAGAAUGGUUGUCACGGUCCAAUCUGGUUGGUUCUGGCACUUUUUCAGUUGCCCUUGGUGUGAAAAGAACCACAUUUUAGUGGUGGGGCGUGUGGCCUCCUGAGACACAGUUGUCAUCGGUUGUUUAGGUGGGGGCUGGUUGAGUAUGUUUGGGACUUACUUGGUGCCUUCUUUUCCAUCCCUGCUGUCCCCUGGUCAGGCCUUCCUGUCAUCUCUUACCUUGGUUCACACCACAGACCCUUCCUUCUUCCCCCUUG